UUCACAUUAUUGAAAGCAUUUUACUUUUAGAGAAACAGUUGUUUUGAUUUUUGUAUAAAAGCAAUGUCAGAUCAAGAACAGAACAGUAUGGGAUGGGACAAUAAUGAUAUGCAGCAAUAUGAUGAUGACUUGGAUAGCAUGGAAAAAUCCAGACAUCGUGAAUCAACAUCUCGAUCAAGAUCUCGCUCCCCGGUGAGACGUUCCAGGUCAAGAUCUCGAUCACAUGAAAGACACCGAGACAGAGCUCGUCGAAUAAACCUUAUCUCAAAGAGAGUUAUUAUCAGCAAUGUACCAUAUGAAAUGAAAUGGCAGGACAUCAAAGACAUUUUCAGGAAAGAAGUUGGAGAGGUUCAGUAUGUUGAAAUGUUUGAAACACCAGAUGGAAAAUCACGUGGGUCAGGAAUUAUUGAGUUUAAAGAUAAGGACACAGCUAGGAAGGCAAUAGAAACAAUGCACAGAUACAAGAUGAAGGACAGAAACAUUGUUGUCAGAGAGGAACGUGAAAGUGAUCAAAACCAGAACAUGGGCGGAGGACGUGGAGGUGGAUCCGGGAUGAUGGGUGGUGGAAGCAUGGGAGGAGGAAUGGGAAUGAUGGGAAAUAUGGGUGGAGGUGGAGGUAUGAUGGGUAAUAUGGGAGGGGGAGGCCCUGGUAUUACCCCACAGCUUCUCCAGCAGCUUGGUGUUGAUGGACCGGUCACAAACACAGUAUUUGUAUCCAAUAUUGAUUACAAAGUAACAUGGAAGAAAUUGAAAGAUGUGUUUAAGUUGGCUGGAAAUGUGCAGAGAGUUGAGGUGAUGCAGUCCAAAGAUGGCAAAAGUAGAGGCAUGGCUACUGUAAGCUUUGACACUCAGCUGGAGGCCCUACAAGCAAUAUCUAUGUUCAAUAAUCAGACUUUGUAUGAUCGUCCUAUGAGAGUGAAAAUGGACAGCACAGCAGCCAAGAAAGGACCUGAUAUACCCUUACCUGCUGGAUUGAGGUCGAUUGGCAUGGGACUUGGUUUAGGAGGAACACCAAUUCAAAACUCCCAAGGUAGAUCAGGAAUGGGGAUGGGCAACCUUGGGGGAGGAGGAGGAGGAGGGAUGGGCUCAGGCAUGUCUUCAGUUGGAGGGCUUGGCAACAUGGAUAGUGGGAUGGGUAUGGGAUCUUCCUUGGGUGGUGGAUCUGUGGGUUCAAUGGGUGGUAAUCUGUCUGGCCUUGGUCUAGGAGGAGGAAACAUGGGGGCUGGAUCUAAUGUUGGAUUGGGUGGAUUGGGGAAUUCUGGUCUGUCAGGAAUGGGCCUUUCUGGUGGACUUAAUGACUUUAACUCUGGUAUGGGCUCAGGAGGAAUGGGGGGCAAUUUUGGUAACUCACUUGGUGGUUUGGGAGACAAUCGCAUGGGCCUGAGCAGUCUUAGUAGCAAUAGUCUGAGUGGGAACAGCUUCAGCAGCAACAUGAUGGACAAUUUGGGAAGUGGGCUUGGACUGGGAGGAAGCAGCUCUAACUAUGGAGGAAGUGGGCUAUCAUCUUCGUACUCUGACCGUGGAGGCAGCAGCAGGGGUCGAGAUAGCCGGGAUAGUGACCGUUCCACUCGCCCAGACAAUUGCACUGUCUGUGUAAGAAAUCUUCCAUACUCUUUGAAAUGGCAAGAUCUGAAAGAAAAAUUCAAGGCUGUUGCUGAUGUAAGGUUUGCUGAAAUCAAGAUGGAGAAUGGUAGAUCUGCUGGAUGGGGCUUGGUGCGCUUUGGAAACCCUGAUGAUGCACAGAGAGCAAUUUCUCUGAUGAACAGAUCCCGUAUUGAUGGAAGAGAAGUGGAUGUCAAAAUGUACCGUUGAUCACAAAUGGUAUUGUUGUUGACUCUUGAUCCACUUGUGUUGUACAGAAUUGGGGUUCACAUCACUUUUUUUCCUAGUUUUUGUCAUUGGAAGGUGUUGCCUAGUUUUUGUGUUGACCAGUCACAAGAACACCUGAAUACUGUAUAUAUAUCUUAGUGUGGAUCUGUGUUGUCCUUUUGUUUUAUCCUCAUCCAUUGGAAUAUUUCAUCAUGAUUUUUAUAAGAAAUGACAUGAGGUGACAAUUUUAUGCUGUAUCUCAUAUGGGCAGACUUGUUGGAGAAUCAUUUGAACCAUUUACUGUUGUCGUCUUUUAUAAUAUUGAAGCAGUGGACCACAAAUAAAGUCUUCAUACCUAAGACAAGAGUUACUAGUAUUUUAUUCAAUAAGUGUAGUUUGUGUGUGCUUUUAAUUCUUUGUUGAAAUUUUUGUCAUCCACAUAAAGAACAUUUCUUGGAAGAAGUUACAAUUCCAA